GAUGCAGUUGCUGUAAUGGCCGCGCCGCCGACAGUCGCUGUUUUCGGCGCCUCGGGAAAUCAGGGUGGGUCGGUGGCGACAGCUCUAUUAAAAGAUGGAACGUUCACGGUGAGAGCUAUUACCCGGAACCCAAGAAAAAAAGAAAUUAAAGAAUUGAAACGUCGUGGAGCUGAGAUAGUGAAAGCUGAUCUGGACAAUGAAGAGAGUCUAUUUAAUGCAUUGAAAGAUGUGUAUGGUGUCUUCUUAGUUACAGACUACUGGGAAUAUAUGAACAAAGAUAAAGAGGCUGAGCAGGGGAAGCGAGUAGCUGAUAUUUCCAUGAAACUUGGUGUGAAGCACAUUGUAUUCAGUGGACUAGAGAAUGUGAAAAAGUUGACCAAUGGCAAGCUGGAUGUGCCACAUUUUGAUGGGAAGGGAGAGAUAGAAGAUUACUUCAGGGAACUUGGUGCUCCCAUGACAAGCGUUAGAAUGCCUGAUUACUUUGAAAAUUUUCUCGAUACGUUGAAACCUGUUAAAUCAGGCAAAGAUUGCUAUGUUUUGGAUAUCCCAAUGGAAGGAAUUCCACUUGAUGGGAUGUCGGUCAGAGACUUGGGUGGGGUUGUGCUGGCCAUCUUGAAAAACCCCGAGGAACAUAUUGGGAAGGAGAUAGGCCUCAGUACUGACAAGCUUACGAUUGAAGAGUAUGCUGCAAUUAUGUCCAAACAUACUGGAAAAACAAUCAAAGAUUCUAAGAUACCAGUUGAAGAUUAUACAAAACUGAAUUUUCCAGGAGCACAAGAACUUGCCAAGAUGUUCCAAUUUUAUAUGAAACAACCUGAUCGCAAUAAGGACCUGACAUUGAAACUAAAUCCAAAUGCAAAAUCCUUUGAUGAGUGGAUGUCAGAAAACAAGAAUGCCUUCAUGAAUGAUUGAACUUCAUUUUCAACGUGGAAAAAUAGAACUUGCAUAAAUCUCUUGGGACAGGCAACUCUCAGCUAUUUUACCCCUGUACUGUUCAUGUAUUAUUCUUCAUGUAUUAGCACUGAAACAUUAUUCAAACAAGCCACAGCCAAGCAUUUUCUCCAUGUAGUUUCAGAACAUUCUUAAUAUAAUAUGUCAAGUGUUGCUGCUUAUCUCAGUAUGCGUAUUCACUGAAGUUGACUCUCUCUCUCCCUUCUUAGGAUUAUCCUUAAAUCCGAACUCUUUGAUCAAGCUGUUGGUCAACUUUCCUUUAUGGAACCUCUAAUCAUUCUUAAUAUUAUCUUUGAAGCAUCUUAUAAAUGUAAAUGGCUGAUCAUCUUACAUUGUGUAUGCUUAUAUUUUAUGUGACAGCUACAUACUUUAAAUGUUAAAGGUUUCAAAUAAAUUCUAAGUGCACAUGCAGAAUAAGAAAUGGUUAAACUUCAAAAGAGACAUUUACAUGAGAUAUCAAGAAGCAUUAAAGGUGAAGCCAAUGUAUGCUGAGACAUUUAGAGUCAUCAAGUCAGAGGGUUGUACAGAACGGAAACACACCCUUUGGCCUGGUUCGUCCAUGCCGACUGAGAUGCCUUUCUAUGUGGAUUUCAUCUUCCUGCAUUCUACCCAUACCCCUCUAAUCCUUUCCUGACCAUGUACCCAUCCAAAUGCUUUUUAAAUGCUGUGAUUGUACCUGCCUCUACCACCUCUUCUGGCAGCUUGUUCCUGAUACCCACCACCCUGAAAAACUUGCCCCUCAGAUCUCCUUUAAAUAUUUCCCCUUUCACCUUCAACCUAUGUCGUCUAGUUUUAGACUACCUUACCCUUUGUAAAAGACUGUGGCUAUCUGCUAUAUCUAUGCUCCUUAUAAUUUUAUAAACAUUUAAUUUAACAUAUAAUUGACAUAUAACAUAUAACAUAAUUUAACAUUUUUACAUACGAGUAGAGUGCCUUGGGGUUUUCCUGAAUCCUACUCACCAAACCUUUCUCAUGCCCCCAGACUAUUAGCGUUCACUUCCCCUACCCCCUGUUCUACCCAUCCUUCUCCCUGGUGAACACUGAUAUGAAGUAUUCGUUUCGGAUACCAUGCAUAUCCCCUGGCUCCACACAAAGACUUGUCUCUGAGAGGACCUAUUCUUUCCCAAGCUACCUCUUGUUUCCAAUAUAUUUAUAAAAAGUUUUGGAAUUUCCUUUAGUUCUGUUGGCCAGAGCCAUUACAUCUCUUUUUGUUCUCCUAAUGGCUUUCUUAAGAUCUCCUCUAUAUCCCAUACAUUCUCAAAGAACUUGCUUGAUGACAAUUUCCCAUACCUGACAUACACUUCAUUUUUACUGAUCAAACCCUCAGUUUCCUUUGUUAACCAAGGUUCUCUAAUCUUACAACAAACUGGAAGAACUCAGUGGGUCAAGCGACAUGUGUGGGAGGAAAGGAAUUGUCGAUGGUUCGGGUGUACAGACAGCGGCGGAAUUGAACCCAGGUCGCUGGUGGUGUAAUAGCAUUAUGCUAACCGCUCCAAGUACCAUUUGGUCUUCAAGAAGGUUGAGCUCCUUUAGUGUUGCAACAACAUAGGAUUUGAGGUGUGAUUUUAUUGUGGGCCCACAUGGGAUCUACCACAUUUAAAAGGAAAAUGAUAGCAGGAAGCAUUGACUGGUCAGGAGUUGCCAAGGAAGGUUUUUCAAAAUAACUUAUUUGAGAUGUCUUGCAAGGUUAGGAGGAGCAAGAGUCUUGGAUUACUGCAUUUCCAGCCACACUUCUUCUGCAACCUGCUUAAAGCCUUUGUCUAUGGCUAACUUUGUAGUAAGGAUUGUUUUCUUUUGGCUCUCCAACAUCCUUGCAUUCUGUUAGGGUUUCUGACAAAUGGUAUUGAAAUAUUAAAAUGAAUUCCUGGAAUUAAAAUUAGUUUGCCUGCCUUACAGCUUGCUCUACUUGCUGAGGUGUCAUACGGAAUACAGUGUUAAUUUCUGUUUGUCACAACCACACAAAGCACACUUGGUACAAAACUUGGAGAGAGUGCAGGGAAGUUUAAAAGAGGAAAGAUGGAAAUUUUGAUGAGCUGUAAAAACUCUUAAAUCAUAGGGACCAGAGAAGGCCAGAAACUGACCUCUGGCAACUCUUAGUUUGGCUGGCUGAUGGGGGUAUUCUGGAAAGGAGGUCUGGAUAAUCUACUUGCACAAAGCCAAGUUGAUGUGUGUAGCAGAGUCGACUCUUCCUCUGAAAUCUCUCAUCACUGUGGUAAGCAGAGGA